AUGUUGCUAUCUUACUUGCAGUACUCUAAAGCAAGAGUGCGGAAACAAAGAGAGCGAGAUGAACGCAUAACUAAGCUUCCGGCUGUUUAUCACCAGUCUCUCAGCGACGCCGACAAGACCAUCCUUAAUACUCCACUCUCUACCCUCAUAAACAAUGUUCAAUCAGGAAUAUGGACACCCACGAAUGUUCUCCACGCUUACGGACGCAAAACACUCUCGGUGCACGCUCAGACAAACUGUCUCACUGAGGUCUUUAUAGGAGAUGCGGAUGUGUGGGCUUCGGACGUCAAUGCCAACUUAACACUUAAAAAAACAGGUCCAUUAGCAGGCGUACCGGUCAGCCUGAAAGACAGCAUAGCCGUUGCGGGGUACGAUGCCUGCAUUGGAUAUGCUGCGUGGGUUGGACGUCCCGUUCAGCGUGACUCGGCGAUCGUUCGUCUGUUACGCGACGCAGGAGCAUUGCUUUAUGUCAAAACCGCCAUACCGACUACAUUACUUUCCUUCGAGAGCUACUCUGGGGUGUUCGGUCGUUGUACCAAUCCACAUAACUCGUCGUUCUCGCCAGGCGGUUCAACUGGUGGAGAUGCAGCACUUAUCGCAGCUGGAGGUGCACGCGUCGGUCUUGGUACUGAUAUUGCAGGAAGUGUCCGCGUUCCUGCACAUUAUAGCGGUAUCUACUCUGUGCGAUCAAGUGUGGGCAGGUUCCCAAAGUCAGGAAAUGUGAGCAGUAAUCCGGGAAUUGAGGGCGUGCCAUCUAGCACUUCACCUCUGGCGCGUACACUGGAGGACCUUGAAACUUUCUGGGCGGCGGUGUUCCAAAUGGAGCCGUGGAAGUAUGAUCAUUCGGUUCUGCGCAUACCCUGGAAACCGGUUACGCUCCCCGAGGGGAAAGUGAGGUUUGGCGUCAUGUGGGAUGACGGCGUUGUUCCUCUGUCUCCGGCAUGUCGACGUGCUCUACAAUCAGUAGUCGAUAACUUGCGGCGCAAAGGAUAUGAGGUCUUUGACUUUGCCCCGUCCGACCCAUACGAGGGCCUUAAAGUUGCUUCCCAGUUGAUUCUCGCGGACGGUGGGGAGACUGUUCUUGGCCCUCUCCUUCCCGGAGAGCCAAAUGACCCCGGAAUGGUCUCAGCAUCCUUUUGGCUCCGUCUUCCUUGUUUCCUCCGCAAUAUCUACAUCUGGUGGGUGAAGUACUUUCGACGCGACUCGAUCUACGCAGGCCUCCUCAAAGCCUUGUACAAGAAGUCAGUUGCGGAGGUCUACAAGCUCGUUGCAGAGCGAGAAAAGUAUAAGGCUCUCUGGCAUGAAGCAUGGAACAAGUCAGGCAUGGACUUCUUGUUGACAGCACCGAAUGCGCUCCCUGCUGUUCCGCAUGGAGGGAUGAAGAAUGGAUGGAAGGUUUGCGGGUAUACGUUCCUGUUCAAUCUUCUCGAUUACACUGCAGGAGUUCAGCCCAUUACGCAUGUUUCAGCUUCUCUUGAUGCCAUGACCAAAUCGACACCCGUGGCUACGAACCAGAUUGCGAAAGAAGCCUUUGCGAUGUACGAUGCUCGUGCAAUGGACGGACUACCUGUUGGAGUUCAAGUUGUUGGGAGGCGACUAGAAGAAGAGAAGGUCCUCGCCGGAAUGCGUUUGAUCGAAAACAUCAUGAAGGAGAACGGUCAGGGUUACGAACUGCUUGAAGUCUGAUGUUCGAUUGAAACCAUGUUCUCUUUCACUUUUGUUGGUGGCGUUCGACUUACUACGAUCACGGAGAUAUGCUCUGUAAAUUGGAUAUACG